UAAUGAUGUGCCGUGAUUGCUUGAUGUAAUUAGAGCUUGUGUAAUAUGGAUAUGAUAAACUAAAGCUUAGAUACUAGUCUUGAGGUUUUAAGUUUUACAUAUUUCAAUUGCAUCCACGACAUUCUCAGGUCUAAAUAUAAAACUUUAGCUCUAGUGGUGAAAAAUAGAACUAAUCAUUUAAGAACACUUUUUAGUUUUAUUUUGUGAUUACUUUGUUUUGUCAAAUGUUAAGGGUAUCGAAUGACUGAAAAGAUUGACCUUGAAAUUAAGUUUCAGAUUACGGAUUUUCGAGUGUUGUGUUUUCGUACAUAUUAAAAUGAGAAACUGUCAACUGUACAUAGUUUGAAAAACUAUGACAGCUUUUACGUCAUUUCUUUUCUUGAAAUAACACAUGAUCUGCAUUGUGAAAUGACGAAUGUUAUUGUAAGAGGAAUGAAGCGGCAUGCUUAUGAAUGCUGUCUACAAAAUUGAUUUAAUACGAUAUGGUUUUAUAGCGGAUUUAAAUGUCCUCGUACUCAACAGUUCUGCGGAUUCCAGCCUUACAUUACUUCCCAACACGCCUAGCCAUAUGGAAAAUGUGAACUUUAAUUUCUCAGAAAACAUUUUGAAAAAUGGUAACGUUUCUUCAUCAGCAGAUUUUAGUUGGACACUGUGUUUUGAUCAGUGGUUACCUCCAAACCACAUUUUAUUCCAACUGGCAAAUGCAUUUUUGUUUUUAUCUUACUUAGCGCCGGUUGGAAUCCAUGGGUUACUUUAUUUAAGAACAUGUUUAAUGAUAGGAUCUAUAUUUUUUGCCCUUUGGGGUUGGAUAAUUCUUUGUGCCUUGGAUACUCUCAUAUGGAAUGCAGUGUUCACACUCAUAAAUUUUAUUCAUGUGACGAUAAUUUUAUAUAUGUUAAGGCCUGUAAAGUUCAGUGAAGAAAUUGAAGAAGUUUAUCGAGAUCUGUUCCAACCAUUGAGAGUAACUCGCCAUCAGUUUAGACAAGCUAUACAUUGUAUGAGAGAAAUUAAGACUUUAAAGCCACGUGAGCCCUACUGUAUCGAAAAUGUUACCAAAGUAGAUAGGUUGUCACUAGUGCUGUCGGGCAGGUUGGUUGUUUCUCAGCAUGGGCAUGCUCUGCAUAUUGUAGAUAGCAAGCAGUUUUUAGAUUCACCUGAAUGGUUUGGAGUGUGCACGAAUGAUAAUUAUCAAGUGUCCGUAACAGCUUUGGAAGAAUGUCGUCUUUUGGUUUGGCAUCGAGAUAAAUUGAAAUUAUCCAUUAGUAAUGACCAGUUUUUACAAGCUGUAUUUGACAACAUUCUUGGAAAGGAUGUGGUUAAAAAACUGCUUCUUGUAUCUGAAACUUCAUGUAAUGGAGUUGGGUUGUAUGUUUGUGAAGAUGUUGUAGCAGAAACUACCAAGUUACUCUCCAAGAACAAGCAGGGUCAGACUGGAUUAGGUGUUCUUCUCACUAGACAAGUAAAAAAGAUACAAAUGUCUGGAAUUUGGCCAAGAAAGGAAAAGUAGAUUAUGAUGCCGAAACAACUGUAUAAACUUCUGUCCUCUUAUAUAUGAGCCAUGUAUUUCAGUAUUUUGAUAUUGCUUUCUGUGAUCAUCUAUUUGCUUAAGCAUGCUUUUUGUCUCUUCUCAGUUAAAGCAUUUAUGAGCUUUUAUUCAAAUUAUAAAUUUUUUUUCUUACAUUUAGUAUUUACUUAACUUUUUAUUUAUUUUGUACAGAGUAAUGAAUCUCAUAUUGCCAAGCAUAUUGCAGAAAGUAUUUUUCGUACCGUGUUAUUCAGAAUAAAAGAAAUUUUACAUUAUUUUAUUUUUUGUAAUUGUUACUUUUUAAUGUGCAAUAAAUUUUUUCCAGUCAAA